CGGCAUCACGCAUAAACUCCGGCCCUCGAUGAAGACCUAAAUGCGACACUCAAGUACAGCAAUAAUUCGAUCACAACUGUGUGAAUCAACACUUACUUUUACCUCCCAUUAUUUGACAAUAGUCUAUGAACAAUUUUUGGAUCUUCUGAGCGGAAGCAAGGAAAAUGACAUCGUUCCUUAUCACAGGGUCGUCUCGUGGGCUGGGUCUGGAACUGGUUAAACAUCUCGCUUCUUUUCCUGCAGCAACUAUUGGAACUAUCUUUGCAACAGCACGAGCAGCAUCCCCAUCGGUUGACCUCACUCAGGUUAUAAAAACGACGAACGGUCGCGUGAAAUAUGUGCAGCUAGACGUCAACGACCAAUCCAGCAUCAGCGCUGCAGCGUCUAAGGUUGACCAGCUAUUAGGCCCUUCAGAAGGUCUAGACGUUCUAGUCAACAACGCGGGAAUACAGUUACACAAUGACCCUGCACCUAGUCUAAUGAAAGAAGACACCUUAGAUUCCACGCUCUCGACCAAUGUCACAGGUGUGCAUCGCGUCACCUCCACCUUCUUGCCUCUUCUUACUAGAGGUAAAGCAAAGAAGAUUGUCAAUAUAACCAGCACUCUCGGUUCAAUCGGGCUGGCGAAGCAAUCCGGCGUAAUAUAUUGCCCCUCUUAUAGCAUCUCUAAAGCGGCUUUGAACAUGUUGACCGUGCAAUAUGCUUCCGAACUUGGUCCUAAGGGAUUCACAGUCUUCGCUAUCAGUCCGGGCUGGUUGCAAACUGAUCUCGGUGGAUCUCACGCUCACUUGAAGCCGAUUGAUGGCGCUCGUUCCGUUACCAACAUAAUCCUGAAGUCUAGCAAAGCGAAAGAUAAUGGUUGUUUCCGGGACAUAUAUAUAGAAGGAGACUCUUUUUACACAGGGGAGAACCCGCCGUGGUAGA